CAAGAUGGCGGCCCAGAUGGCCAAAUGGGCAGCGGUCCCUGCCGCUUUGGCGUGUGCCUCUAUUAAUGUGUAUGCCGCCGUGGAAGAGGAGCCCCAAUCCCAGCCAGUUAAAGCACAUCAGCUUUCUUUUUAUAAUCCACCGCCUCUGAAAUCAAAAUACAUCGAUGAAAAGCCUGGCCGCUUGCAAACUGGAAUUUCUUCAGUAAGAAAGUCAACAGGCUACUACGUAGACGGGUGCAAGAAUGUUUAUUUCUUCGUAAAAAACGGAGUAAUGUCUUCUAUACAGUUUGGAAAAGAUGCAUAUGUUUACCUGAAGAAUCCCCCUCCAGAAUUUCUUCCAAAAGUUGGUGCAAUUACAGUUUCAGGACUGACUGGGGUAGUCCUAGCAAGGAAAGGGUCCCGAUUUAAGAAAAUUGCUUAUCCUUUGGGACUGAGUACAUUGUGCAUAUCUCUUUGCUACCCAGCUCAGUCAGUAGUUGUCGCAAAGGUAACGGGAAAAAAGCUUUAUUCUGCGAGCCACAAAACCUACGAAGCAAUAGGAUCACUGUGGACAAAACAAUCCUCUGCAGAAGCUCCUCUCGUCCGGGAUCUAGUUGCUGAGGAAGCUCCAGUUUCUAGAACAGACCAUAGCAUCUCAGAAGCUCGUACUGCAGCUUUGGAAUCAGAAGAAAAGGCGAAAGCACAUGAGAUACAAUUUCAUGCAGGGAAAACCGUUUCCGAGUCACAAUCAGUGCCUUUGAUACCUGAAGUGAAGGUGCCGAGCAUCAUAUCAGAUGCAUUGAAGGUACCAAAGUUUACACCUGAUCCUAGACUCAUGGACCACGGCCAGUCCAGUCCAGAAGACAAGGAUAUGUACAGUACCAGAAGCUAACACACCAGACUGUUCCAUCUUCAGGAUACAA